CUGCCCAGUGACCAGAGCGGAACUGUCACGCUGCUUUGGAACUGCCUCAAAGGUUUGCAUGGUUACCGCUUUAAGCUGGUCAGAAGCCUUGCCCUGACCCCAGGCCCAUUGCCGACCGACUGAGGAAGGGACCAGAUAGUACAAGAGCUCAGCUUCUCCGUCGCUUCUGCUCUCGGACUCCCGGUGAGUACAGACGUUUGCUGUUGGCCAGAUUUCAGCCUGUGUGCAUUGUGCUGAGCCUCUGGAGCUGUCAUUAUACCGGGAGGCAAUCGACCCCGAAGAGGAGGAAUUCUCUCAAAUUGGACUUCCCGCUGCAGAGACGUGUUCUCCCGUCCACUCGGACAUCUGAGAGGUUGAAGUGUCUAAGACUCAACACAUUGUUCCAGUCCAAGAAUGUCUAUUUCAGUUGCUUGAAAUAAUUUGAAGGUUCAACUAUUUUGAUCGAAGAAAUAAUGUCAGCAAGCUUCAAAGGACCAAAACAAAAUAGCCUUUAAUCAACGACCGUCUUUAAAGAAUUCUUUUUAAAUUUUCAGAAUUCAAUUUAAAAACAACAUUUUUUUUAUGACUUCUAUUUCCUCUCACUAUGUUUGUCACUAGCCUGCAGUUCCCCAGUACAGUUUGCCCAGGCAACAGUAAUGGAGAGGAGGCAAAUAUAACACGGCAACCAUCAACCAUUUUUGGACGAUCUAGAACUGAGAAAGCAGUGAGGAGGGCACAGAGGAGAAGCAACAUGUCUGCUGUAGAUCUCAGACGAGAAGAGAUGGCUGAUAAGCUCAAGUAUCCACUUGUCCUUCUGGCUCCUGUUAUCUUGAUUCUUAUGUUACUUCUCAUUCUAUUUGGUAUUUACAUACUGAAACCAUUUCACAAGGUCUUAAAUUUCACUGGCAGCACCUGCACUGUGCUUGGGACCCAGCAGGUACCUCAGGGCAGUUGUGGCUCUGGACGAGACACAUUUUCUCCUUGUGUUCAGAUCAAGGUCACUUUUCAUCUGUCUGAUGGUUCCAAGAGGAACGCCAUAAUAAUGGAGAAUGAACAAGCUUUGCUAAACUGUCAGCAGUGCUCUUUUACUUUUGGUCGUCAUGGGGUUUUUGCUGAUCGUUUAGUGAACUGUCAAGGCUGGCAUGAAGACUACAAUAGACCUGCUUGUGUAAUGAAAUAUCUUCGUCAUUUUGGGCAGAUUAAUACCACCUUCCCAUGUUUCUACAAUCCAUUCAAGCCUCAUGAAGUGAUCAGGGAAAAGCAGCUGACAUGGGGAAUGGCAGUGAAUUCUCUUCUGUGGCCAUUGCUGGGCUUUUUCGGGUAUGGAGCUGCAGGUGUCUUUGUUCUAUUUGACUGCAGGAAACGAAGAAAACUGAAUACUCUCUUGGAGAAUCAGGCUGCUAAAACUGAAAAAGAAAAGGAGCCAAUGAAGAGGCGUAGAAGAGGGAGCAAAAUAGCCUGUCGUCACGGCAACCAUUUUACCAGCUACCCGACUAUGAUCAGUGGUUCCCUCAGUUGUACUUGUUUGGACCACGUUUUGGAAGACCAUCAAACCACCUCAACACCCAGAGUUGAAGCAUCUUGGAACCAUCCAUCAGCCAUUCUCUGGACAGAACAAGACCUUUUGGAUCUUGAACACCUGGACUUAGCUGUAGCAGAAUAUACCCAGAGCAGGCCACCAUCUAUCUAUUCCAAUGUUUAUGUAUCACAGGAUGGUGAGGCACUUGCAGAUAGUGAAACUGAAUGGAACACACUUCAUGGAAAUAUGGAUUUUGGAAUAUCAGAACAAGAUAUUGAUUAUUAUUUUGCUAGCAUUUCCAGAAGGCAUAGCUUUCGCCAAAAUAUUCUCCCAUUUCAUCCAUUUAUGGUCGUGGGUGAAACCAGAGUGUAAGUUGGGAUGAAAGUGUGAAAAUGGUGAUUCAAGUGUUUUGAAUUAUGUUUUUGCCAAUGGGAGGAUACUGUAUGUAAUUAUUAAAUAUACGUUAUAUGCAGCUAGUCAAGAGAUGAUUACUAUUUAGUUCUGUGUUUACACUACACAUCUAUCUUUGUUUUAUACAAAUUAAUUUUGCAAAUUUAAAAGCUGAGAAUUCAAUUUUGAGUUUAUGUAAGGAAUAGUAGUUUUAAGAAUCCUAGAAUCAGAAUGCGAAGGAAAUGUGAUUCUUGUUGCUUUUUUAAAAAUAUAAACAAUUUUUAGCAACAAACAGGAAUAUUAAAAUAAUCGUUUGUUCCAGAUCUCCUUUCUGAUGCUUUGGCUGGACAGCUGAAGGCUCCCAAGAUCAGCCAGAGAUUUCCACUCUGUGUACUAGCUGUUUGUCAUUGGUCCUCCAGGACUAAUAAACUGCUCUCACCUGUUAUAGGCCAUAUACCUUUCCUAUCUAUUUAUCUAUAAUUAAAAAUAUACAAAAGCUAAUGAAAUUAAUUUUAACCUAAAUUGAGUAGGGCACUGUCUACCAUAGGAAUUGAUUAGAUAUUAUAAUUAGCAGGAUUCCAUUGAGGAAUAGCCUGAGGGGCCUAUUUAAGAGCAAAGCAUUAUAACUUCAUUUCACCAGUAAGACUAUUCUUAAACCAGUUUUAUAUAAAACUGUGACCAUCACCACUGAGAAGGACCACCAUCUUCAGUUUCCCCUCUGUCCAUAAGCUAUCCUGAUUUGGAACUAAAUUGCUACUGUUGCAGUCAAAAUCCUGGGACUCCCUUCCCAAUAACAUUUUACAUGUAUCUACACUUGAAGGACUGUAACGAUUCAAGAAAGCAGCUCUCAGGAGGAACAGGGAUGGGACAAUAAAUACUGGCCUAGCCAAUCACAUCCAUACCCCACAUACAAAUUAAGUGAAAAUCUGUACCAAUCAAGAUUCUGUUAAUUUAUUCUCCCUCUGCCUGCAAACUUAAAAUGGAUGUCAAGUUUUCAUCCAGCAUUUCUAUACUCGAUGAAUGAGGUGUGAUUUUUGCAUCUAUUUAUGAAAGGAGUGUGAUUUAUGCAUAUAUUUGUUAUUUUUUAGGUGUUUGGAUUUUAAGGUAGUGUCAUCUGAGUGGUGGUCUAUUUGUCUGAAGGAAUUUCAUGCAUAACGAAAGCAGUCGUUUUCGAACCAUGGUUUUAAACUAGUAUGUGAAAGAGAGAUGACUGAAGGCCUUCUGACAAGUUAAUGAAAUUUUUUUAUAUUGUGGAGUUUUAGAACAGGAGAGAGACGACAUUGAAGUACAUUAGCUCAUUUUGGGUUUAGAAUAAUCAAGGAUUGAUAUUUUAGAUUAGAAAGUGUUUUAUUUGGUUGAGGAAAACCUGACUGGAGUCAGAUAUAAGGAUAGUUUCUCCCAGAAAACAAGAUAGUUCAGACCAGUUAAGGAGAUAAGUGUAAGGAUUAUAGUUUGCAAAAACAUUCAGACCAUGUGUGUUUGGUUAGAAGUCUGCAUUGCUUAUUCAAGAUUUGGAGGUGCCGGUGUUAGACUGGGGUGGACAAAAUUAAAAAUCCCACAACACCAGGCUAUGGUCC